AUGCCACGGAAGCUGGUAGCAAAUUUUACGUGUGUGAUCAACCUUGAUGAUCACGAUGAUAAAGAGAUUAAACGAGCGGUUCUUCCGCGAACGGCCAAAAAGUAUGACCGAAGUCUGAUGAUUUUUGACAGAUUCCUUGAGCUACACCCCGCUGCCUGCUCUCCCCCGGAUAUCAAAACCUAUAAAGGGUUUUUGGAAUUUUACGCAAGAAACACGCCAGGUCGGAUCGAGGAAAAACCUACACCAGAAACCGUCGAGAAUUUCCGCCGGGACUUCGAAACAGCUCUGGCUCGGGUGAGGGACUUCUGUGUCCCAAAGAGCAUGUCUAUUACCAUGAAGGAGUACAUUAUGUCGGACUUGAAGACCAAACUUGGUCUUCCAGAUGCUGAGAUGUCCAGAGAUGGACUCUCUCCGAAUGAUUUAACCAUUCUUCUAACACAGCUCUGGUGUCGGGACUUUAAGGAAUACCGUGGCCAGUAUCCCGACCGGAGUAGAGUACAGCUUACUGCAUCAAUAUUACUCUAUUGCUUUUCGUCUGCCCGAACUGGAGAGGUGCAUGAGUCAACAGCUCGCCGAUCUAUUGCCCGGCAGAAGGACGGCGCUGACGACAACAACGCGAAUCUCCAAGCCAGUGCCAUGGCUGCAUGCUACAAGCAUUUUAUCCUCACUAUAGAACUGGUUGACGGCAUUCCGAUGUUGGUGUUGACCUAUGCUCGAGAGUUCGUAAAGGGGUACUGGAGAAUGAAAAAAUGGGAACCUCCAGUUCACGCUUUCUACGAGGUGUACAGAGAGGAAGUUCCACUUUUUUUUAACUUGAUUUUAUUCAUGCUUCCGUUGUUUUCUGCUGACCGAGCCUUCCGCCAUUACAAAUCGUAUACCGAGAUCCUUGACGAAGUGGACUCCAUCAAGCUCAGUGACUUAGAGUCGCAAAGCAACCACGUUAUCUCCAGGAUCCAUUUUCGAAAAGAUCUCUUAGAUACUCCGGUAUUUAGGCCGUUUAGUGAGCUGAAUUGUGAAACCUCCACUGGUAGGGCAAGAGGUGCCGAUGCGUUUGGAAAAGAGUUUGCUGCACUUGGGUAUCGGAGCGGGUAUGAACAGAAUGUUACUGCCCGUGCGUGUCGUCGAUGGGCACUGAUGGAAACCGAUAAGAAAUACUCCCAGACAGCUCGAAUGAAGUAUGCCUCUCACACCGAAGCACGGACUUUUGGCCGGUCAUAUGCGCACCCUGUGUGCGAAGUGGAUGGGCCUGCAACCUAUUUGAAUAUUGCGUCCCGCGAUGAGCAUAUCCAGAAUCGACGCAGCAUGGGCAUACACCGUAACCCAAACCUGUGGCAAUCUCUACCUGCAAAGGCGGAAUUUGAAUUCCAGGAACGAGAAGACGUUAUGGCCCUUGAUACAGAAUUCGCGUUCCUUAGCGCCCAACUUGCGAAGGCCGACAGUCCGGAAAAGGCGCACGAGAUUCACUUGCAACGACGUCGAGUCCAGAGUCAAAAGGAUAAGCUGUAUCUGGAGGAACUUAAACGACAACGGGAGGUCCAACAGGGUACUCAAACGGGAAGCAUCUGUGAACAAACUCUCUUCCACUACCGCCGACGAGCUAUGCCAGAACGGGACCUCCUCGCUCAGAUUCUGCCAACCAAGUCGACUAUACGGAGCUCAGCUGGACGGGAUGUUAUGAACGCGUUGGAAGCAAUCUGUAGCCAGUACCAUCCAGUUACCUAUCGGUCAGGUUUACGACCUGUCCACGGCAAGUUUUAUGCACAUCGCCAAUGGCUUCAUCUCUAUCGUUGCUACCAUGAGAGGCUUCGUCAAAUGAGUGUUGAUGAUUUUGCGGAGUUUUGCUACGAGUGCGACCUGUGGUUCAACAAUCAGAAUGAAUGGCACCAGCACUGUCAGGAUCAUCUCAGCAAACCUAGUGAACUACUUCGCUGUGAUCCGAUUAUAUUCCGGAAUUGCCCAGUCAAACCUGGCUACUGCCCUUUCUGUCUGGGCAACACAAGCCUAGGGCCAAUUCGACAGAUGGAGCAAUAUCUGGACAUGAGCAAGUGGAAAGAAGUACUCACAAUUGGCCGGGACCACAGAGCCUUCAGCCUCAAGCAGGGUCAAGGAAGCCUCCCAAACGCGCUGAAGGUCUGCAAGGAAACCGGCGUUCAGGAGGUGGCGGUCUGGGAGUGCUCCCUCGCGGAGAACAACAAGGCCAUCAUGGAAGGUCUCCAGAGACAUCAGGUCCAGGGCAGAAAGAUGAGUCAUGUUCGCAUUAUGAGGCAGACCGAAGGCAGCGAACAGAGCAAUGGCAUUGGCCUCGUGGAUGCGGCGCUUAGCUGGUCGAUAAGAGCAAGGAUUUCCAACUGGGUUGCAGCGGAGAUGCGGUAA